UCUUACCCAUCAACCAAAGGCCCUCCUCUGAAGAGAUGACAGCUGCCCCGACCUGCAGCAUCUGUGCUCCGCUCACUCCACACUGCUCUCUCUUUCAGAAUACUCAGCUGAACAAGCCCAGCGAGUGCUUCCCCGGUCGGUCUUCAUGACAUCCAUGUCAACUCACCCUUUCCGAGACCUCCCCCUGGGCUGGGAGCAGCACUGCAAGCUGCUUCCGGGUGUGGCUGAUAUCCAAGCCAGCCAAGUGGCCAGGUGGACAGUGGACGAGGUGGCUGAGUUUGUACAGUCUCUUCUGGGCUGUGAAGAACAUGCCAAGUGCUUCAAGAAAGAGCAGAUAGAUGGCAAAGCCUUCCUGCUUCUGACCCAGGCAGACAUCGUUAAAGUGAUGAAGAUCAAGCUGGGCCCAGCACUGAAGAUUUAUAAUUCUAUCCUGAUGUUCAGGAACUCCCAGGAUGUCACUGAAGAUGAUGUUGCCUCGGGCCCAGAAGCCAGGAGAUAAACGUGCUCCUGAACAUCCCCUGAUACUGGGACUUGUGCCUUCGGAAACAAGGUUGGCCGCCAAUGUCCCCAUGGUCAUACCCUUUAAAGUGUUUGGUUUAGGUGUAUGGAAGACUUUGGCAAAUGGGGAAAUGCCAAUGACUCAGACACUUAGUUAGGUCCAAGUAUUGGUUUGGGUGCCAUCCUUACUGCAACAAACAGACAGACUGAAGAAGCUGUCCACAUGUCUGUCCUCUACCACCCCCCUUUUCUCUCUCUCAGAGAGAAAGAGAGAGAGAGAGAGAGAGAGAGAGAGAGAGAGAGAGAGAGAGAGAGAGAGACUCCAUUCUGCAAGCAUUAAGUGUCUCAAGUGGUAAAAUGCCAGAUAACCAAUUCAUUAAUCCAUCAUUAAUGUAUUCAACACAAACACAUCCAAGCACAGCUCACAUCUAUCAUCUGGGUGUGGCGAGUCUAAGAGAUGGGAGCCUGGUGCUUCCAAGAAGACUCCUGAGGUUUCUGUGCCCUUAACUCAGGAAAGUAUGAAUCUUUUAUAAAGUGCUAAUAUGCACAUUGUUUUCAUGAUGCUCACUUUUAUUCCUAUUACUAUUCCUUGGUUAUGGUUCCAAGCUGCCCCGGAGCCUACUCCGAGGAGUGUGCCUAGAAGUAGCAGCAGAGUAGUUGGGCAUUUCAGGAACCAGAUGAGGUCCUCCAGAGGACCUGCCAUCGGGGCUGUCUCCAGAGUUUGUUGUAACAACGGCAUUGGCCAAUGACCCACUUGAAUGAACUCCUUUCUGUUCCCACUCUGAUGAAACAAACUUCAGAAUGAACUCCUCCCUCAUCUGUUGAUGCUGGAGCAAGUGUGUCAGGUUCUGGUUUCAUCUCCAGAGGCAUGGCAGCAGGGCAGAGGACCUCCAGAGAGCAGCUCAGGAUCUGUUGUUGGCUGAAUUCUUCUGACCCGUUCUCAGACUUCCGUCAUGUUUUAGAAGGGAGUGUGUCUGAGGUUGGAGUUGUGAAGAGACCACCUCAUAAUUAUGAAAAAGAAGAACCCCAAGUCUACAACUGUUUCUGCUCUUUCACAUAGUAGCAUCUACAACUGCCUUCCUGGAAGCAAGACUCAUCCUUUAGGGGUGGGAACCAAAGGGGAAGCCAUGAGAAAGAAGCAGAUCUGACAACAUCUUUCUGCUACAUUAGUAACAUUCUCAAUUUAACAAAGUUGAUUCUGCCCAGCGAAUUUCUCUAACUUUAGGUCACUGAAGAAGAAAAAAACUUGAAAGCAUAUAUAUUGCAUUCUUUAAAUGCUUACCUAAAUGUAAAUUUAAUAUACUAUCAGGUUAUGUAAAUUUGUUUCUGUGAUAUUUUGUUUUUCUCUUUUUUUGGAGACUUCCACAUGCAAUAAAAAUUCCU